AUGGGCGUCCUCGACAGCCUCGACGCCUUGGACGCGCCGUCCACCGCGGUCCCCGCGGACGAGCUGAGGCAGGUGAAGACGCUGCUGUGGGACAUCGUACGCGUCAACGUCGCGCCCGCGGAGGUGGACGAGGUCAAGCGCGCGCUCGGGACCGCCGCCGUGGACGACAACGCGCAGCUGAUGGAGGAGGCGAGCGCGCUCGCGACGAUCGUGGGCGAGGUGCGGCGCGACGUCGACGACGGCGCGGUCGCGCGACGGCUGUACGAGAACCCCGCGAGGGCGCUCGUGGAGGGCGAGCUGAGGCUGCUCGUGAAGAGCAUACGGAGGACCGCGAGCGGGGACCUCGCGGAGGGCUCGGGACGGCCGCCGUCGGGGCGUCCGAGAUCGCUCGCCGCGCGGCAGGAGACGGAGGAGCCGGAGCGGGAGAUCAACUGGGCGGACAUCGGCGGCGGCGGCGUCGACGAUCCGACGCGCGUCGUCGACCCGCCGAAGCCGCCGCCGCGCGGCGCCGGGGUGGAUUCCCUCCUCGGCGACGCGUUGGGCCCCGCGAUGGACGCGAGGACGGAGAAGCUGCUCGUCGCCACCGCGAAGGAGCGCGCGAUGCUCGAGUACGUCGUCGGCGGCGCGGACGCCUUGUCGAUCCGCGCGGGGACGCCGCGGACGCCGCCGUCUCGACCGGCGUCGCGGUGCCACUCCUCGCGCCCCCCAUCGAGCGCGGGCAGCCACACGAGCGGCGCGGGCGCGCCGGAGAGCGACGGGAGCUCGAGCGUCAUCUCGGACCCGGCGGCGGCGGUGGCGCGGGUCGGCGCGGACCGCGUCACGAUCUUCGACGUCGACGCCGUCGCCGCGCCGCUGCGGGAGCUUCUCAUCGAGGAGCGCGCCGCGUUGCUCGACGACGUGGAGUAUCUGCGGCGGUGCUUAGAAGAGGAGGCGGAGAUCGGGCGGCGCGUGCGGGCGCCGCCGCCGGACGUGACGGAGCUGAGGAAUUACGGCGCGAAGCUGCGAGGGGUGUUGGAGAACGAGAGGGAACGCGCAGCGCACGUGGCCAAGGUGGAGAAGAUGCUCGCCGCCGCGCCGUCCGACGGCGCGAAGAAGCUCGGACGCGUCGGGAAGCUGCGGUCGCUCGCGAAGACGCUCCACGCCGACGUGGGCGGCGGCGGCGGUGGCGAUGACGCGUCAGCGCGUAUGCGUGAUGGUGGCGAUGACACGUCAGCGCGUACGCGUGAUGGCGUGGCGUCGCCGGAGCCGCCGGCGGCGGCGCCGGCGCGCGCGUUGAUCCCGGCGCCGCCGCCCGCGCCGCCGCCGAUCGGGGCGCGGCGGCAGCCGGGGUCGGGAGGCGCGCCGUCGCGUCCGCCGCUCGGCGGCCGUCGCAUCGUGGUUAGUAAAACGUAGUAGACGUAGCCGCGUCGCGCGCACGCUCGACGAUAUGAUACCCGUCCCUAGGAGAU